CAGCUGACUGCUCCUCUGGCACGUGACUUGCUCCGUAGGCGCUGGGGUCGAAGAAGCUGUGAGGCCGGAUCUUAGGUCGGGGAGGGAUGGAGUGCUGAUCCGUUAAAGUCUGCCAGGCCCUCCGCCUCCGUACCUUUUGCUGUUUCCACUUCCUCGUUGGACACCUUCCUGGGUCUUUGAGAAAAAGUAGAUGAACAUGCUGUUCAUUGCAUAGAUGGAACCUAUCUAGACCCUUGGAGCUAGAAACAGAGAUAAAGUGAUUUGUCUAGGUCUGACAUAACUUCGAUGGUCUUCUGACAGCUGGUGUAUUGUUCCUGCUGAUUACCUGCAAAAUAUUGCCACAAUCACAUCUACAGAGAAGGAGUCCCUCUUGGUCUUGGAAGAAAUACUUGAACAAACAUGACCGAGUUCUGGCUUAUAUCAGCUCCCGGGGAGAAAACAUGUCAGCAGACAUGGGAGAAACUGCAUGCAGCAACCACAAAGAACAAUAAUCUUGCUAUUACUUCAAAGUUCAACAUUCCUGACUUAAAGGUCGGCACACUGGAUGUUUUGGUUGGUUUGUCAGAUGAACUGGCUAAGCUGGAUGCAUUUGUAGAAGGGGUGGUUAAGAAAGUGGCUCAGUAUAUGGCUGAUGUACUGGAGGAUAGUAAAGAUAAAGUUCAGGAGAAUCUGUUGGCCAAUGGAGUUGACUUGGUUACUUAUAUAACAAGGUUUCAGUGGGACAUGGCUAAAUAUCCAAUCAAGCAGUCCCUGAAAAAUAUUUCUGAAAUAAUUGCCAAGGGAGUGACUCAGAUUGACAAUGACCUGAAAUCUAGAGCAUCUGCAUAUAAUAACCUGAAAGGCAAUCUCCAGAAUUUGGAACGAAAGAAUGCAGGAAGUUUGCUAACUAGAAGUCUAGCAGAAAUUGUGAAGAAGGAUGACUUUGUUCUUGACUCAGAGUAUCUCAUCACAUUACUGGUUGUAGUUCCCAAGUUAAACCACAACGACUGGAUCAAGCAGUAUGAAACACUAGCUGAAAUGGUAGUUCCAAGGUCUAGCAAUGUUCUCUCAGAGGACCAAGACAGUUACCUUUGUAGUGUCACCUUGUUCAAGAAGGCAGUUGAUGACUUCAGACACAAAGCCAGGAAAAACAAAUUCAUCGUUCGUGACUUUCAGUAUAAUGAAGAGGAGAUGAAAGCAGAUAAAGAAGAAAUGAACAGGCUUUCUACUGACAAGAAAAAGCAAUUUGGACCACUUGUACGGUGGCUGAAAGUGAAUUUUAGUGAGGCCUUUAUUGCGUGGAUUCAUGUGAAAGCCUUGAGGGUUUUUGUUGAGUCUGUUUUAAGGUAUGGCUUGCCCGUGAACUUCCAAGCAAUGCUACUUCAGCCCAAUAAGAAAACAAUGAAGAAACUAAGAGAAGUAUUAUAUGAAUUGUAUAAACAUCUAGACAGUAGUGCAGCAGCAAUUAUUGAUGCUCCUAUGGAUAUUCCAGGCUUAAACCUGAGUCAACAGGAAUACUACCCUUAUGUGUACUACAAGAUUGACUGCAACUUGCUGGAAUUCAAGUAAAAAUGAGCUCCUCCUCAGACAAUCUUGUCCUUGUGUUGGUGUAUGCUAACAGAAAUAGGUUGCAGUAUGACAGUACUUUUAACUCUCUAUUAUCCUUUGCUUGCUUCUAACACCUUUUCCUACAAGUUCUUCCAUAGUGGUCCAUUUCUCAACAUUUUCUUUUUAAAGGAAAAUAGAUGUCUUGUUUCUUUUUAUUAAUCAGGUCUGUAAAUGUGUACUAAAAAAUCAGAGUUUAUUUAUAAAACAGAUGAGUUUAUUUAAAGAGAAGGUCUUUCCUCAACGAUAUUGUGGUAUGUAUGCAUUAAUUCCAUUUGUUACUAUUGUGCACAAAAGCCUUGUUUACAAGGGAAUGGUAUAAACCUUUAUACCAUUUUGUUCACUGUAUUUAGUAGACAUAACUGUUUAAUAGUUAUUGAAUUGUGAUGUAAAGAAAUGUGACAAUAUUCAGGUAUAUGCUUUCUGAAUAUUUCAAAUUACAAUCUGUGAGUACUGUUGACACCCACAGGAGAGAAUAAAAUGACCUGUGAAAAGGUGUAUUGUGUGUGUAACUUCAGAAGAUUACAGUUCAGUUUGAGCAUUUCAUGAGGACAUCAUGGCUGAAUUGCUGUGCUACCUUCGAACUGUUGUUCUGUACCAAGGGUGACCAUUUGUGUCCAAUUUGUAUAUGAUUUAAAUGUGCCAAAUAUGGGUCACAGCACAGAUUUACAGAUCCUUUUUCAGUGUAUGAUAGGUAUUUACAUUUGGACACUGGACUUUUAUCUUUCUUAAAUAGGAAGUUGGGCCAAUUUUGAAUAAAAUAUAGUAAAACUAAGCAGUUUUAGUCAUUUUUACCUAAGUAUUUUACAUGUUUCCUUUUUAUGAUCUUGAUUAUAAAGCCUUUGUUUUGACAGUUACGUCAUUUAUGGCAUAGUCAGAAAGAGGCUUGCUAGCCUUAAAAACCUCUGAAGUGAGUGAUGUGUUUUAGCCUCCUGAAAGCUUUUAAGAGAGGGUUUUGUGGCAGUGCUAGCCUUCUAGGAACUCACAGGCUUGUAAGUGGGAGAAGGAAGUUUAUGUUUUGUUUUAAGGGUGUUUCAAAAAUUAACCUCCCAAUGCUUUUUAUUUCAGAAUUAUAUAUUGUUAUUUCAAAAGUAAUUAACAUGAAACAAAUCCAGACUUCUAUAAAGUACAACAUGAGAGACAACCCCUCCUGCCCCCCAAAUUUCUCAAGGAAGCUUCUGUAUCCUUCCAUGCCUUUUUCAUGUAUCUCCACAACAUAUGUAUCACAUGGAGAGUUUAUUUAUUUUUAUUAAAGUAUAAUUGAUAUAUAA